AUGUAUGGCAAUACAGCUUCUGACACUCCCGGCGUGGCUGAUGCGGCGGUGGACAAUUAUUGAGUUUGGGUUGUCUUUUUGGUUGUUGUUCUUAGGGAUUGUAAAGGCUAUUGGAUUCACUGUUGGCUUGGAUUGAUGAGCUCCGACAAUUUUAAACAAUUACUGAGCUUCAAUGAGAAUCGAUGAGGUCCAAUGAGGUCCCUAUGUCUGAUCUGAAAUCAGGCUCCCUCAAAGUAAAUGCACAUAUCCGAUGCCGUUCAUCCAAGCUUCAGCGGUGGUGGAUGAGCUCUGGAAGUAGAAUCAAAUCAAUACUAAUUUUCGGUGCCUGCUCCGGACCCGACCCGGCUGCGGUCAUCAUCUCUAGUGGUGAUAGACUCCUUCACGGCGGCACAAGUCGGGUAAAACUGCAGAAGAAGCUCUCUGACGCCGGUUGCACGGGAAUGGAAGCCAUUUACCCAAUCGACGGUCUCUUUUCCGAUCAAAUUGCUGCACUUCUCAGCCCUCCUCCAACCCCCGAAGUUGAGAAAUAUUUUGAAGACCUUACAUCAUCCAGGCGGUGCGAUGGGCUCAAAGUAAAGCUCAAUGGCGAGUACGGAAAGGGAGUGUUUGCUGAAAAGAACUUCAAGGAAGGGGAACUUGUUUUGAAAGAUAAAAUGCUUGUUGGUGCACAACAUACUUCAAAUAAGAUGAACUGUCUUGUAUGUAGUUACUGCUUCCGGUUUAUUGGCUCUAUUGAACAUCAAAUAGGAAGGCAGCUUUUUUGGCUAGAUUUUGGUAUUCCCACAGAUGAUUGUGAAGGGAAAGAGCUUUCACACACAAAAAGAGAUUUUUGCAACUCCCCUCAUUCUGAUGAAGCAGGUUCUUCUGGUAAAGAAUUGCAGGAGAAUGGUGGAUGUUCGUCCAGCAGUUCCAGACCCAAAGUAAGCAUCCCAAAGGAUCUGCUUCAUUCAUUAAUGAAUGGUGACACUCUUCUACCAUAUUCGGAACAUUUUCCGUUGCCCUCAAUUGUUCCAUGUCCAGGAGCAUGCGAAGAAAGCUAUUAUUGCAGCCCAGCUUGUGCCCAUGCUGAUUGGGAGGAGUUCCAUUCUUUGCUCUGUACUGGAAAGGGCUCAAAAGCAUUAAGCACUGAGGCUCUUUUGAAAUUCAUAGAACAUGCUAAUGAAACAAAUGAUAUUUUUCUCCCUGCUGCCAAGGUUAUUUCUUUCACCAUCUUGAGGUACAGGAAGUUCAAAGCAGACUGGAUUUCUGGAAAAGGAAAAUAUGAUACUUCAGUAAAGAGUGCUUUUUCUCUUCUGUUGGAAGCUUGGAAGCCUGUAUCAAUGGGGCAUAAGAAAUGCUGGUGGGGCUGUGUUGAUUUGCCUAAUGAUAUUGAGCAUAGUGAUGAAGCUGCAUUUAGAAUGCUGAUUAAGGAGCUCGCUGAUGAGUCCCUGCAACUCCUGAAGGCAGCCAUCUUUGACCAUGAAUUAUUUUCUCUUGAAAUUUAUGGCCAUAUUAUUGGAAUGUUCGAACUGAAUAAUCUUGAUUUGAUUGUGGAGUCGCCUCUAGUAAACUAUUUUAAGCACAUUGACGAUCUUCCAAGCUUAGAAAAGAGAGAAGCCGAGCAGAUUAUACGGCCUAUUCUGGAUGCUCACGGUGAUGAAUAUUCAACUUGCUGUCAAGGCACUGCUUUCUUCCCAUUGCAGAGUUGUAUGAACCAUUCGUGUAAACCAAAUGCGAAAGCUUUCAAACGAGAAGAGGAUUUGGAUGGUGACGCAAUAAUAAUUGCACUCGAACCGAUACAAAAGGGAGAAGAGAUUACUAUAUCAUACAUAGAUGAGGACCUUCCCAUUGAGGAGAGACAGGAAUUACUUGCAGAUUAUGGCUUCAGAUGUAAAUGCCCCAAAUGUCUUGAAGAAACCAUUGAGGGUGUAAAUUAACUCAAAAGUUUUCAUUGUUUUCUUGAGAUGCUUUUAAUUGUAAAUCCUUGGGUUACCCAUGGGUUUUUUUUUUUGACAGAAAAUGUAUUUUAGUUAUUUUGGUUUUUUCUAACAAAUGACUGAAUUACCC